GGUUUCUUCGAUAUCCCUGUAGAUAAUCUGUAUGCUGAACCUGCAGUUCUUAAAUGGAUAAAGGAGAAUAUAGAGGAGUGGAGGAAUGCUAUUAUUGUAAGUCCCGAUGCGGGUGGUGCAAAGCGUGUGACAUCUAUUGCUGAUCGUUUAAACGUGGAGUUCGCCCUGAUCCACAAGGAGAGGAAGAAGGCCAACGAGGUGGACAGUAUGGUGCUGGUUGGAGAUACUAGGGGCAAGGUUGCAAUCCUGGUUGACGAUAUGGCGGAUACAUGUGGAACUAUCUGUCUAGCCGCAGAGAAGUUAGUUGAGGCUGGAGCUGUGAAGGUUUACGCAAUCCUAACCCAUGGGAUAUUCUCGGGUUCAGCUCUAAACAGGAUUAACAACUCAUGCUUCGAGGCUGUGGUUGUUACGAACACAAUGCCAAUGGAAGAACAUUUGCGGGGUUCAGAGAAGUUACGGAUUAUCGAUAUCUCCAUGAUGUUUGCUGAGGCCGUUAGGAGGACGCACAAUGGAGAAUCCGUUUCAUAUCUUUUCAGUAACGUGCCCUACUAAGAACCACGUCCUUCAGUAACGUGCCCUACUAAGAACCACGUUCUUCAGUAAUGUGCCCUACUGAGAACAACGUCCUUCAGUAACGUGCCCUACUGAGAACCACGUUCUUCAGUAAUGUGCCCUACUGAGAACAACGUCCUUCAGUAACGUGCCCCACUGAGAACAACGUCCAUCAAACUCGUUGACUUAUACAAAUGAUGUUCUGUGGGAACAUAUAGCACUGUUUUUAAACAUUAAUUUAGUUAGGCAGUUAAUUUUUAAUCAUAACUUAUAAAUUCGAUUAAAUACCCUCCUUUCGUAUCCAGAUUUAUACUGCGCUACUCCCUCUUAAACAGAAACGUGUCCAAUCUCAAAGAGAACUUAUCAAAGACUAGUAAUUUUAAUUGUCGUUUCUAUUUAUGGGAAUAGAAUUUUGUCCUCAUAUAUUCUGUAAUUUUUCAAAAUCAAUUUUCCUUAUUGAUUUCAUUCAACUAAAUUAAACGUUCUGUUUUAACUGUCAAAUGGUCUUGACUCUGAAAUAAACAAAAUAUUUGCGUCCAAUUUUUAUAAAGUAAUCCAUGUAACUGACUUUAGGUCUUCGGAUCCAUGCAUGGCCAUUUUUCAAAAUAUUAUUCAAAAACAAAAAACUGAAAAAAGUAUUCUUAGCGUUAACUUUGAAGAAGCAAGCUAAAAUAUUUGUAACAGUUUACAGUAUAAUUAAUACGUUUAGAUCUUUCAUAUUUAGAUAUGGUGAUAUCUGGAUACUAGAGCAUGUAAUAUGUAUUUAUAUUAAAUAUAUUUUUUAGUAAAAUUGAA